AUGGCAGAGACGACUCCUUACUCGGCAUCGUUGAACACCCUGUUCGACAAUGCAUCGCCUCUCAAGGGCCAGUAUGAGCCCGUCCACCUGGCCGAUGCAGAGGUGGUCCCGAUUCUCGAACUGCCAGUUGCAAAGGAGGUGUUCGGCCAGACUCCCUCUGAUAAAGACGCCAUCAAGAAGGUAUCCAGCGGCGAUAUUUCCUAUACCACUUUCGUGGCCGAGAAGACAAAGUCCGUUGCACAGUCGCAAAUAGGGGAGCAACGCUCGCAACUGCUGCAUAUCGGUCUCGCGGCUCUCUUUUCCUUUCUGCAGUCCAACGUCACAGGACCUGCAUUGAACUUCAGACCGGCGGAGGUUAUCCUCCCGUCAGCUCUGCGAUCUCAGGUAGCUACUCUUCGCGGUGUCCGAGAUCAGAUCAUUCGGGGCCUUACCGUGGACGGAGAGGCAGCGUACAAGCUGACUCCGAAUGUGGAGUUGUUCGCUAUUGCAAAGGCUAUCCUGGUUGAUGCCGAUGUCUUGGUGGCUGAUGGUCCCGUUGUCGCAAGGACUGCUCGGAUGCGUGUCAACUUCUUGCACCAGAAGAUGCUUUCGGAAGUCACCAGUACAUUGCAGGAUGUUAUCUAUGAGGAUCUGGAUGAGCUGACAAAGGUGGUGCUUGGUGAGGGUUCAACGUAUACCCCGCAUGAGAAGGGCCGCUUCUUGCUCGAGAGGGCUACGAUGCAUACUCACCAUGGAUUCGAUGCCAAGGCUCGCGCGGAUCUUGAGCGUGCUGCUACGGAGAGACAUUUUGAGUUCGCGUUGACUGGACGGCUGGGAAAGAGGACUAAGUUCCAGGACCGUGAUAUCAGUCAGCUGGUGAUUCUGGCUAAGAGUGCGGACGAGAGCGCAACUACUGAGAGCGCUGCUUCAGAGUCUGAAAAGAAGGAUGACUCGCAACCUUCUGGUCCGAAGAACCUUGACUUGAACGAUGAUACCCUGUUGGAGUCUAUUUCUUUCGCCAAAAACCCAGAAUCUCAGGAACAGGAAAAGUCAAUGACUGUCCAGGAUGAAUCCGGCCUUUCCCCUGCGCUGGCCUCGAUCGAUGCUGGUGAUCAGCCAAUUCUCGAUGCUGUCGACUCCUCUAUUUUGCUUGCAUUGGCUUCAGCAAUUACAAACACUACGCCUGAGAACGGUCUGACUCGCGAGGAAACCCACCCGUACGCCACUCGUGUCCUUGAAGGUGGCAGCUCGAACUGGCAAGUGUACACCCAGGCAUUGUUGCUCCGCAGUCGGAUCGAAGGUUACCGGUCAAGAACGGUUGAGAGAUCCGUCCUGCAGAUGCAAGCUCUUGUGGACCAGGUCAUCGCAGACACCGCCAGCCUCGAUGCACAAACUGGAGAGGAGUCUACCGAAGAACCUACGACAUUCCUUCCCAGACCCGAAAAGUCCGAAUCAGCAUCCGCUGCUGAACGACUCGAGUAUAUCUGGCUCCUGAACUUCUCGACAAGAUGGGAUCUCGAAGCUGAACUUGCCAAGCGCUGGGUCGACCUUGGAGGCUUGCGAACCGCACUUGAAAUCUACGAACGCCUUCAGAUGUGGGCCGAAGCUGCCCUCUGCUACGCCGCCACGGAAAGGGAAGAAAAGGCUAAGCAAAUGAUCCGCGGACAGCUCUAUGAGCCCACCAACAAAGACGAACCAGCAGGCGACAACGAGACAUUCCAAGGACCAGAACUCUUUCCCCUCCCCGCGAACGCGCCCCGCUUGUUCUGUAUCCUGGGUGACAUCGACACAGACCCAGCAAUGUACGAGCGCUCAUGGGAGGUCUCUGGCCAGCGCUAUGCUCGUGCCCAGCGCUCUCUGGCCCGUCAUUAUCUCACCAUGAAGCCGCCGGCGCUGGAGAAGGCGGAAGAAGCGUACCGCAAGAGUCUGCACAUCAACCGCAUCAACCACGGCGCUUGGUUCGCCCUGGGCUGUGUCCAGCUGGAACUCAAGCACUGGGAAGAUGCCGUCGACUCGUUCGCCCGCACCGUUCAGCUCGAAGAGAGCGACGCAGAGGCAUGGAGUAACCUGGCAGCCGCCAUCCUCCGAACCUCCAAACCCGCCGAUGAUACAUCAGAAGACCCCGUCGCACAGCAAACCGCAGAUACCGACGCUGACGCUGACUCCGAAACCGCACCUGCACCCGCGCCCCAAGACCCCUUCAGGCGUAAGCGCGAAGCCCUCACAGCCCUCCAACGCGCCGCCCAACUCAAGCACGAAGACCCUCGCAUCUGGGACAACGUCCUCACCGUCGCAGCCUCAAUCCCACCACCCUACACCCCCUUCCGCGACGUGAUCAACGCCCAACGCCGUCUCAUCGAACAGCUCGGCCCAAAGAAGGGCGAGAAGAGCAUCGACCACCCCAUCCUGGGCAUGCUCGUCGACCACCUCACCAAGGACUACAGCUACGAAGACCUCCUCAUCAACGUGAACGAAGCGGAUCCUAACUCCGAACGCAUCGUCCGCAGUGGUACCAUCCCCGGCCAGAUCCUCUCGCUGAUCGACCAUUCCGUCGUGCCGCUUAUCACGCACUCCCCCUCGUUGUGGCUCCUUGUCGCUCGCGUCGAGUACUUCCGCAAUCAACCCAGUAAAGCCUUCGAAGCGCAUGAGAAAGCGUGGCGCGCAACUGUUGCGUCCUCCGCACAGGGUGCGUUCCAAAUGGGCGAUGAGAAGAAGUGGUUGGAUGUCGUUAAGGCGACGGAGCGGUUGGUGCGUGAGGGGUAUGCGAAGUACGGGCCUAUGGAUAAGGAGGGGCAGGUUGAGAAUGAGGAUGGGGAGAGCGAGAUGGUGGCGAAGGAUUGGCGGUUUAAGUCCAGGAGUGCUGUGAGGGGGAUUUUGGGCAAGGGGAAGGAUUUCUGGGAGGAUAGUGAGGGGUGGAGUCGGUUGAAGGAAUUGCAGAGUGAGGUUGGGACUGGAUCUUAA